AUGCGUCUCCAAACUCUCAUCACGAGCUUCCUGUCCGUCGCUUCAGCCGCCACUCUGGGCAAGCGCGCCGUCACCCCUGGCACCCUCUCAACAGUCACCGACUUCACUGCCCCCACAAAGGCAACAUUCCAAAUCUAUGUGCCCAAGAAAUUAGCUGCCUCACCUGGAGUCAUCGCUGCCGUUCACUACUGCGGUGGCACUGGGCAAGCAUACUACACGGGGAGCCCAUACAAGACAUUGGCUGAACAGUACGGCUUCAUCGUCAUCUACCCAACUGCGCCCCAGUCUUGCUGGGAUGUAAGCAGCAAGAAGUCGCUCACCCACGAAGGUGGUGGCGACUCAAACUCCAUUGCCAACAUGGUCAAGUGGACAAUCAAGAACUACAAGGCCGAUACUUCCAAGAUCUUCGUCACCGGUUCCAGCAGUGGUGCCAUGAUGACCAACGUCCUCGCAGCCACCUACCCCGACCUUUUCAAGGCCGGUAUCGUCUACUCGGGUGUUGCAGCCGGUUGUUUCGUGUCGUCCUCGGGAGGCGUUGCCGCCUGGAACAGCACAUGUGCACAGGGUACCUCUACCGCCACCCCCCAGGCCUGGGCGCAAGUCGUGAAGAACAUGUACCCUGGCUUCUCCGGAACGCGCACCAGGAUGCAAGUCUACCACGGCGGCGUCGACACGACGCUCCGUCCCCAGAACUACCAGGAGACGAUGAAGGAGUGGGCUGGCGUCUUCGGCUAUGACUACAACAAGCCGCAGAGCACUCAGACUAACACGCCGCAAGCCGGCUACACCAAGACUGUCUGGGGUCCUAGUGUGCAGGGCAUUUUUGCGGCGAAUGUUGGACAUUCUGUUAAUAUUCGCGGGGACGACGAUAUGAAGUUCUUUGGUUUUGCGUGA